UCACUCCAAAACCCCAUCAGUAGCUGCAGAAAUAAUGAUUACUCCAAGAGGCGGCGUAGAGAAAGGCUGAGUAUCAGUCUCAGCAGAGGAGGUUAGGGAAGGCUUGGUGGAUAACAGAGAUGAUUAAAUUGGUUCUUGAAGGAGCUGAGGUGAUGGUGGCUGAGGAGGCAGUGGUGGCAGUGGUGGUGGUGGUGGCUCUGGAAGCCCUGCUCUGGGUCCUGGCUUCAGUCCCAGUCUCCCCAUGGUGAUGAUCCCUGAGUGGCUGGUGCUCCUGGCCACCCUUCAGGCCACAGCCUUGGGCUACUUCAUCGGCAUUGAUGUGCAUGCAGAGGACUGGGUCGCCUCAGGCAUCAACAUGGGCCUCAUCUUCCAGGUGGCCAAGGGUGGCUUCCUGGACAUAGAUGUGGAAAUUACAGGGCCUGACAAUAAAAGAGUUUAUAAAGGAGACAGAUUGAUCAGUGGGAAAUACAUAUUGGCUGCUCAUAUGGAUGGAACAUAUAAGUUUUGUUUUAGGGACAGGAUGUCUACCAUGACUCCAAAAAUGAUGUUCACCACUGAUAUUGGGGAAGUCCCCAAAGGACAAGGCAUGGAAAGAGCUCAUGAGAACAAGCUAGAAGAAAUGAUUGAUGAGUUGGCAGUGGCAAUGACAAGUGUAAAGCACAAGCAGGAAUGCAUACAAGCGGAGAGAAUACACAGAGUGAUUAGUGGCAACACAAACAGCAGAGUGGCCCUUUGGUCCUUCUUUGAAGCUCUUGUUCUAGUUGCCACGACACUGGGACAGAUCUACUACAUGAAGAGAGUUUUGUGAAGUGUGGAAGAUUGUUCAGAAAGCCUUUUUUUUGAUGAUCUCAAAAUCAUAAUUCACUGUUUACCAAAUAUCUAGGUCAUAAUAAUGUCAUUAGUUUCUAUAAUUUUACUUUUGGAACUGUAUAUUCACAGCUUAUGUUUCUUUGUGAUUAAUAGAUA